AUGGCCUCCGCGUGGUGCUGGAGCUGCCUCUCGCGGCUUCGUCCAACACCGCGAGCAAUCCUUCCUCCGUCGGCCGCUAUUCCCCGAACUACAAGCGCCCCCUUCCAUUCGACCGCUGUUCAAUAUGCCAAUCCAGUGAAGAAGAAGGGUAGUUUGACACAGGUGAAGUACCGACAGGGUCAGACACUGCGAAGGAAGAAGAAGAAGAACGUGGAACGUGCCCGUCCGCCUGCUGUUGGCGAGCGUAAGGCUCAGCGAAAGCGCAUUGUUCUUAGCAACCCCAAUGCCCUUGAAGUCGAGGGUAUGAAGGACCUCUCCGUGGAGACUAUGAUUGAUGCUCGUCUCCGUGGCUCUGUCCUUGGUUUGCCCGUCACCAUGCUCGAUCAGUUGAGAGCUGUGCAAGCCUUCCAGCCUAAGCAGGGUUGGUCUAUAUUCCGUCGCCCUGGUACCGUCAUGCGCCGUGAUGCCAUUGAGAUGGGCCGUCUCAUUGCAAAGAUCUCUGGUGAUGGCGAGGAGGCUGAAAAGGGCAAGGUUGUCAAGCGCGUUCUUACCGGAUUGAAGGGAUCUGGCAAGACCGUUCACAUGCUGCAGGCUAUGGCUAUGGGUUUCUUGAAGAAGUGGGUGGUUAUCACUGUUCCUGACGCCCGUGAGCUUGUCUCUGGUGACACUAGUUACACCCCCAUCGAGGGCUCCAAGCCCACACAGUAUAUCCAACCCAAUGCCACCUCUGCCUUGUUGAGCCGCACCGUCGAGGCCAACCGCGAGGUUCUGGCCAGUCUCCGCAUUUCCCAGGAACAUCCCGCUCUGAAGGGCCUGAAGCCCUCAUCAACCCUGGAGGAUCUGGCGAAGAUGGGAUUCUCCGAUGCUGCCCUGUCUUGGCCCGUCUUCCAGGCUCUGCUCGUCCCCCCCAUGGUGGUGACUGUUGACGGUCUUGCGCACUGGAUGAACGAGAGCGCGUACCGUGCUUCUGACUUCACCCCGGUCCACGCUCACGACCUUGUCUUCGUCAAGCACUUCCUCUCCCUCCUGCAGAGCGGUUCUUCCCUCAAGAACGGUGGUAUGCUCUUGUACUCUACCUCCACCUCCAACAGCCCCGCCAGCUACAGUCUCGAGGUUGCCCUGGAUCAAUUGGCUGCCCAACAAAAGGGCGUCGAUGCUUCUUCUCCAGAGUACCCCCAGCCAGAGCCAUACAGCAAGCCUGAUACCCGUGUUCUGGACCUCUUCAAGCCCCAGAAGCCUUCUGGUAAGGAAGGUAUUCUGGAGCUGCAGACUCUUGGCGGUCUUACUCGCGAUGAGACCCGUGGAUUCAUGGAGUACUUCGCCCGUAGCGGCCUGCUGCGUGAGAACGUGAACGAAAAGUGGGUUAGUGAGAAGUGGAGUCUGUCUGGUGGUGGUAUCAUUGGUGAGCUGGAGAAGGCGGGUCGUCAUGUCCGCGCUCCUGCUAAGGCCCUCCCUACCGUGGAGUGA